CUGAAGCGGCGUCACGUGGCUGCGGCUCUCAUCAGCCUUCUCAACGCCUAGCGCGGGCCCGCAUGUGGAUAUAAAAGAGAAACCACAAAAACCUAAUCAUUAGGAGUUCCUGCCUCCACAGCAAAGGGAGAUAAGUACCGUCACCACAUUUUUCUAGGACAAACUACUGUGGCUUUUGAGAACCCCCAUUCUUCAACCGCAACUUUUUGGGGGAGCCGGGAGGCCUUUUAACUAUAGAAAGAGACAGUUUGUGCGCGUGCCUUUUGUGAUGUUAUGAGGACUUCUAACUAUUUUAUUUGGCACAACGUAGUUAUUAUUUUUUGGCUAGUAGAAUUGGUGGGGCGGACGCACACAUCGGGCCACCAACUGUUUCCCAAGUUAAUUCUUGUUAUCCGGUGUAUGUGUUAGUCCGUUGCCUAACUAAAGGCAUAAACUAAAACUUUUUUAUCAAACUUUUCAGAGUUACUCGCGGCAUUACAUCCUGCCAUACUCUUGUCAAAGAAAAAUAUAGAAUAACGAAAGCAAAGGGGGACUGUCGCGGCUGCCUAUAAGUAGACACCAGUGUCUAAAUACAGUUUAUGUAUCGACAAUCUAAUUUAAACAAAUCUGUAAAUCAUUUGGAAUAGCUGAAUGUAGCUAUGUAAAGGAUUCCUUGGACAUUCUUCAGUGCCUAGAUCGCAUGCAUUGCCAGGGUUCUGGGUGUGCUGUGAAGCUUGUUAACAAGUUGUUGCAUUGACAUUUUCGUUGUUGGGCAGUUAUACAGUGUGACGAUCGUCUACAACUGUUUUGUCUACGCUAGACGCUAUUUGCAGCUGUGUUAGGCAGCCGGAAAGUCCUUUGCUAUCUAUUGCUAACUUUAGCUGUUGUAAUGCAUAUUCCUUUAGAUCCGACCACCAGCCGGAGGUUCAGUCCCCCGUCAAGCAGUCUGCAGCCAGUGGCCACCAAGAUGACUGAGGUCAGUCCAGUACCGGGGCAACAGGAAACAGUGACAGCGGUUCCCCGGCUCCGGCCGCCGCAUGAUAACCGAACGAUGGUGGAGAUCAUCGCUGACCACCCAGCAGAGCUAGUCCGCACCGACAGCCCCAACUUUCUCUGUUCUGUGCUGCCCUCCCAUUGGCGAUGUAACAAGACUCUGCCUGUUGCAUUCAAGGUGGUUGCACUGGGCGAAGUACCGGAUGGCACAGUGGUUACAGUUAUGGCUGGAAAUGAUGAAAAUUAUUCUGCAGAACUGAGAAAUGCCUCAGCAGUCAUGAAAAACCAAGUGGCACGGUUCAAUGAUCUACGAUUUGUGGGCAGAAGUGGAAGAGGAAAGAGCUUCACACUGACCAUCACAGUUUUUACAAAUCCACCACAGGUAGCCACAUACCACAGAGCUAUAAAGGUUACAGUGGAUGGACCAAGAGAGCCACGACGACAUAGGCAGAAGCUGGAUGAUCCCAAACCUGGUUUGUUCUCAGAACGGCUCACAGAAAUAGGACGUCUCCCUCAUGGUUCUGUGAGGGUUAGUGUUCCAACUCAGACUACGCGGCCUUCGCUUAAUGCUACACAAACUGGCUUUAAUCCACAAGGACAAACUCAGCUAACAGGUGCUUCAGACUUGAGCCCAUUUUCUGAUCCUCGACAGUUCCCAAGUCUUUCUUCCCUUACUGACAGCCGCUUUUCUAAUCCCAGGAUGCACUAUCCUGCAUCAUUUACCUACACCCCAACACCGGUAACGUCAGGGAUGUCACUGGGUAUGUCAGCAACUACACAUUAUCACACGUACCUACCACCACCAUACCCUGGCUCUUCUCAGAAUCAAAGUGGACCAUUUCAGACAAGCAGCACCCCGUAUCUGUACUAUGGCACCUCAUCAGGAUCAUACCAGUUUUCCAUGGUACCAGGUGGUGAUCGGUCUCCUUCCAGGAUGCUUCCACCGUGCACUAGUGCAUCAACUGGAAAUACACUAAUAAAUCCCAGCUUGCCUACCCAGAGUGAUGGAGUAGAUGCAGAUGGAAGUCACAGCAGCUCACCAACAGUGCUAACUUCAAGUGGCAGGAUGGAUGAGUCGGUUUGGAGGCCCUAUUGAACUUAUUUUCUGUGUCAUCAAGUCAGGAGUUUAAAAAGGUCAACUAACACAAACACAUAAGUGCCUCUAUUUGUUUCACACUGGUACAAUGGUACCUUAUGAACAAUGAAGUUGUUUGCCUUUUGUUUGGUACAAGACUGGACAUUUGUUGCAUUUGCAACCCUGUUAAAUUUUAAAUUAUAUGGUUUUUAAGCACAAAUAUUUGAUGAACAGUUUGCCUUAUUAGAGGAUUCCUUCUGUGCCCUUCAAUGAUGUUGCCUUUUUAUUAUAAUGUAAUUUAAAGAGGAGAAAUGAACUCUCGUUUUAAAGAGAUGUGACAACAGCAUUACUUUCAGUGGAUUGAUUGCCGUUUGUUUGAACUACAGUUAUUCUGACAAUGAACUUUGAAUCCUAACUAUGCAUAGUAUCACAUAUAUUACUUGUCUUUGUGACCAGACUUUUGGAAAAGUGAAUUGUUUAAACCAAGUCUUCCUCCGUCAAACAUUUUUAAGUCUUAAAUGUCUGAUUCUUAUGCUCUCUGUUCUACAGACUUGUUUUAUCCUACUGGAUUUUACAUGGUAGCCAUUUUUGUAUUUUGAUUAACAUGAAACAUUAAGUUUUCUACCUUAUUUGCUUUUUACUAAAGUAAUGCACAAAACCAAAAUGCUCAUCCAAAAAUUAGAAUGGUGAAAUUUAUUUAAAUCCAUAAUUUUAAAAGUAUUUAUUGGGUAUAAAUGUUAAAACUAAAUUAUACGUAUGUCUUUCCAUAUAUAAAACAUAUUUAUUAUUUAAUGAUAGUUUUCAAUCCCUAAUAUCUUUUCACAAAUACAGAGCAUAAUGUAGCUUUGUUCCCAGUAUGCUGACUUCUUGAUAGCAUUAAAGGAGGAAUUUACAACCUCUUCCCAUCAAGAGUGCUGCUGUUCUAACAACACUCUUGUCACCAGGCACAUGUGCAUUUCAUCACUAUACUUAAUUAUCUGUCUUGGAAUGCAAUAUUUUCUGCAUAGCUCGUAACAAUUUCUAGCUUUCAGGUGUAUUUUUAGAAGGCACUGUCAGUAAAGCAUGUAUGUUUUCCAGAUAUUGUCUUGGGCAGAUUUGCCAAGUGCUUUAAGAUCAGGUGUACUAUAAAGGGCUUAUAUUUUAGUAGUUAUGUUUACAUUUAAUUGGAGUAAAAAUUUUGGUUGUCAGGAUCAUUUUGUUAAUUUUUUCACAUUAACAUAUUUUUAUAGUGGCCCUAUAUCAUUGCUAAAUACCAGCCAUUCAAAUUUCACUUGAAAGUGAAAACUUGUAGUGUGCAGCAGAAUUUGGUAGACACUCCACACACCCCAUUGCAGGAAAAGGGCUUUGCUGUUUCGCUGUCUUAGUUAAUACAGUUAAUUCCAGAGUUGCUGCACCUAGAAAAAAAUGAUAAUUUCCCUUGCUGAAACCUCAUUUGUACAAUCUGCACUUUUCCACUCAGCAGUGGUUUCAGCAAUGUUCAUUGCUACCAGUGUAUAUAUAUAUAUAUAUAUACCACUGCUUUAUAAUGUUUCUGUUUGUCACUUUCAGAGGUAGGGAGGUAUGUAUAUUCAGAAAUGCUUAUUUCUAAGUACUGCA